AUGUCCACACUGCUCACCCAGGUAAUCCCCAACAGCAGCACAUCAAUGGCUCCUACCUUCCUGCUCGUGGGCAUGCCAGGCCUGUCAGCUGCACCAUCCUGGUGGACAAUACCUCUCAUCGCUGUCUACCUUCUCUCUGCCCUGGGCAACGGUACUAUCCUCUGUGUCAUCACCCUGGAACCCACCCUGCAUCGUCCAAUGUACUUCUUCCUCUUUCUACUUAGUGUGUCUGACAUUGGCUUGGUCACAUCCCUGAUGCCUACCUUGCUGGGCCUGGCCCUUGCUGAUGCUUAUAUUGUCCCUGCCUCUGCCUGCCUCCUUCAGAUGUUCUUCAUCCAUGUCUUUUCUGUCAUGGAGUCCUCUGUCUUGCUUGCCAUGGCCUUCGACCGGGCACUGGCUAUCUGCCGCCCUCUCCACUAUCCAGCACUACUCACCAAUGGCACCAUUAAAAAGAUUGGCAUGGCGAUUGCUUUCCGAUGCCUGGGCCUCCAUAUACCCUUGCCAUUCCUCCUGGCCCACAUGCCCUACUGUCGCUCACAGAUCCUCACACAUUCUUAUUGCUUGCACCCAGAUGUGGCCCGUCUGGCUUGCCCAGGAGCCUGGGGAGCGGUCUAUAGCCUCUCUGUGGUCUUGUCAGCCAUGGCAUUAGAUCCUCUGCUUAUUUUCUUCUCCUAUGGCCUGAUUGGCAGGGUGUUACAAGGUGUGGGAUCCAGCGAGGAUCGCUGGAAGGCUGGUCAAACCUGUGCUGCCCACCUCUCUGCUGUGCUCCUCUUCUACACACCUAUGAUCCUCCUGGCACUCAUUAACAGGCUCAAGCUGCCACUCCCUCAGCCGGCCCAUACUCUUCUCUCCUACGUCCACUUCCUACUUCCCCCACUGAUAAACCCUGUCCUUUAUAGUGUCAAAAUGAAGGAGAUUAGAGAGAGAAUACUCAAGAGGUUCCAGCCCAAGAAGGUGGGUUGUACUCAGUGA